AUGAAGCUAUGGCGACUUAAGGGACCCAGAACAGGAGAUGAAGGACGAAGUCCAGAACAUCAAAGCCAAGGAGGAGCAGCUGCUGCCACCGAGGUGAACAUGAAGGGCACAGCCAUCGCCUUGGCUGUGAUAAUCUGUGCUACAGUUGUUCAAGGCUUCAGUAUGUUCAAAAGGGGGCGCUGUCUUUGCAUAGACCCCAGAGCGAAAGCAGUCAAGCUGGCAGCUAUUGAGACAGUCUCCAUAAUUUACCCGAGUAACAGCUGUGACAAAGUUGAAGUAAUUAUUACCCUGAAAGCACACAAAGGACAAAUAUGCCUGGACCCCAAAUCAAAGCAAGCACGCUUAAUACGACAGGCGAUAGAAAGAAAGACAUCUUUAAGGCACAAAAACAAGUCCUGA